AUGGGCCUCGACGAUAUUCCCGUGGCGCAAGCCGUAACCGUCAGCUUGCAGGAGCUGAUUGACGGAACCGUACCCCCCUCAACCCUAACCGAAGCCUUCGGCCCCUCCUCCCUAGGCAUAAUCCUCGUCAAAGACCUCCCUUCAACAUUCACUUCUCUCCGCGCCCAAGUCCUCUCCAACACAUCCUAUCUCGCCUCCCUUCCCGAACCAGAACUCGAAUCCCUAAGCUCCCCCACAUCCAAAUACCUAAUCGGCUGGUCCCUGGGCAAAGAAACCCUCCGUGACGGCCACUUCGACACCCACAAGGGAUCCUACUACCUCAACUGCGCAUUCUACAACGACCCGACACUCCAAGGCGCGCCCGAAUCGACCCUCAACGCGUCCUUCCCCGAAUACACGUCCCCGAAUAUCUGGCCUAGUGAGACGGCCCUCCCCACUUUCAAGCGGAGUUUCGAGGACCUCUGUACCGUGAUUAUUGAUACGGCGGCGUUGGUGGCGCGGGCUUGUGAUCGGUUUGCGGUGGGGAGUGUGGAGGGGUAUAGGGAGGGGUAUUUGGAACGGGUGGUUAGGGGCAGUGUGACUACUAAGGCGAGGUUGUUGCAUUAUUUUCCUACGGGGGAGAAGAAGGAGGAGGAGGAGGGAAAGGAGGAUGACGGGGAGGAUGAUGAUUGGUGCGCAACGCAUCUCGAUCAUGGGUGUUUGACUGGUCUUACUUCGGCCAUGUUUGUCGAUGAGGAUGAACAUAAUCCCCAGCGAGCGGAUAAGAUGUCCCCGCUUCCGGAGCUGGAGGUUAGUCCGGACCCCAAGGCCGGUUUGUAUAUUCGGUCUCGGACGGGACAGAUUGUCAAGGUCAAUAUCCCGAAGGAUUGUUUGGCGUUUCAGACCGGGGAGGCGUUGCAGCUGAUUACGCAGGGCCAGUUUCGGGCGGUGCCGCAUUUUGUGAAGGGGGCCAAGGGCGUGGGCAAAAUUGCGAGGAAUACCUUGGCUGUAUUUACCCAGCCAAAUUUGGAUGAGGAGGUGCAACCGGGUGUUACCUUUGGAGAUUUUGCUAGAGGGGUUGUGGCCAAGACGUAUUGAUUGAAUCUAGUCGAUUGAGUUAUAUCAUCCUUUAUGCAUUUAGGAAAGGAGACAUGCAACGCUUGGUAUCUUAUUGAUUACCGGCAGAACAUAAUACUACAUAGCAGUCAACUAUCGUGUCGGGCCCGUUUGCUCUG